CCUCUCCGCCGGCCCCUCCCCCGCCGAUGGGCCGGCCCGGCUCUCCCUGCCAAGAGAUGGGCCGGCCCGGCGGCGCGCGGGCAGCGGCGGCGGCGGCGGCGGCCCAAGAUGGCGGAGCUGCAACUGGACCCGGCGAUGGCGGGGCUGGGAGGGGGUGGUGGGAGUGGGCUGGGCGACGGGGGUGGCCCGGGUCGUGGGCCCCCCAGCCCUCGCCCUGCUGGCCCCACGCCCCGCGGGCACGGCCGCCAGCCCACCGCCGCCGCGCAGCCGCUGGAGCCGGGUCCCGGACCUCCCGAGCGGGCAGGGGGCGGUGGCGCCGCCCGCUGGGUCCGGCUGAACGUGGGCGGCACCUACUUCGUGACCACCAGGCAGACCCUAGGCCGGGAGCCCAAGUCUUUUCUCUGCCGCCUCUGCUGCCAGGAGGACCCGGAGCUGGACUCGGACAAGGACGAGACAGGGGCCUAUCUGAUUGACAGGGACCCUACCUACUUUGGUCCUAUCCUGAACUACCUCCGCCAUGGGAAGCUCAUCAUUACGAAGGAGUUGGCAGAAGAAGGUGUGCUGGAGGAAGCGGAGUUUUACAACAUUGCGUCUCUCGUGCGACUGGUUAAGGAAAGGAUACGGGACAACGAGAACAGAACUUCACAGGGCCCCGUGAAGCACGUGUACAGAGUCCUGCAGUGCCAAGAAGAGGAGCUUACGCAGAUGGUGUCCACUAUGUCUGACGGUUGGAAAUUCGAACAGCUAAUCAGCAUCGGAUCUUCCUAUAACUAUGGAAAUGAGGAUCAGGCAGAAUUCCUCUGUGUUGUCUCCAGAGAAUUAAAUAAUUCUACCAAUGGCAUUGUCAUUGAGCCGAGCGAGAAGGCAAAGAUUCUUCAGGAGAGAGGAUCUCGGAUGUAAAGUCCGGAGUCCUAACCGACGAGAGAGCAACCCAGCAGAGCACCUCUGUGAAGUUAAAUCUUGCUCCUGUACAGUAACCGAGCUACUGCAAAGCAAAGCUGAGCCUGGCCCCCCGGUGGAGAAGUGUUCUGGUCAAAACCAAAGGAACCCCAGCCCCACCCACAGGAGCCGGAAGACAGAGGCCGCUUCCGGCUGCAGAAUACCUUUUCAGUACCUGCUUCUGUUUUCUUAGCCAGUGUUAUAACAAAUCUUUACAAGAGCAGCUGGGCCGGGUUCCCAGCUGGAGCUGAUCUAGGGCUAGGGGGAGGGGAAGAGGAAGGCCUGGGUCUUUGCACAUAUGCUGUGCUUCAAGGAAGCUGGAGCAAACGAAGAGGUUUUUCCCUGCGCUGUGCCACGUUGGACGUCGGCAGCCGCUUUGUGACACCAUCUUUCCCCGCCCAUGCACCCCAAAAUAAUGCAGCAGAUGCAGAGGGUUCUAGCUUCAGGCUGUUGAACUGAGGUUUGGAUAGAGUUGCCAGAGUACCCCACAUUCCUAUGAACAAAGCCUCUUGGAGGAGGGGGAGGAUAGGGUGUCCUUGGUUGUGGUUGGAGACUGGGGAUCGCAGCUCUGGAUUCGGGGCACCCAGCUACUACCAUGUUCAGCUUUGCCUCGUUUGUCUCCAGCAGCCUGGACCCCCCAGAUAGCUUGCUUUCUCCCCAAGAAGAGGUUUGAGGCAGGCGGCAUCCUGCGCCGAAUGAGACAGACAGACUGAUGGGCGCUUUAGGUAGUUGGUGUAACUGCUUCUGCAGCCUUUUCUUGCCCUCCAUUGGCCCAUCUUCCUUCCCUGACUUUUUAAACUGGGGCUGAGGGUAAAGGGACUUUGGACCCUCGAUGGCUUGGGGUGGGGAACGGCUGUUUUCUUUGAAAGUUGCCAAAUGUGUUAUGUUGUAGUAUCCAAAAGUGGUAUCAUUUUUGUGAUCGUCUCUUGGAAAUGCCUUGACCAAAAGUGCGAUAUUUGUGUCUCUUCUUGGUUUCUGACUUGGGCGGCGUCAGUGAGCCCCCCCCACCAUCCCCCAUAGUGUGUGUGCGUUUGCUGGGCAGUCGGAGGACUCCGCCAUCUCUGACCUAGCCCUCACCACCACUCCUUUCUGUGGAGCGCCAAGGCGUCGAGGAUCAAACGCUGUUGGACCCAGAGGAGGAAAGCCCUCCUUUGGGCUGUGCCCUCAGAGCGCGUAACUGGACUCUCUAAGCUUUUGAGUCUCGAUGAGCAGUCAUGGAAUGCAAAGGGGCCAGAGAAUCCUGACUUUUCCCCGGGUGACUUUCUUAGGGUGGCAGAUGGUCUGGAGGAGGGGGAGGUGCCCGUGGGGAAUGCUCCAUCCAUAAAAGCCCCCUCAAGCCCAAGGCUCCUGGGCACCUUCAAAGCUGAGGUUCUCUCUGCUCCACAGCUCAGCUGCUUACUGCGUGGGUCUGGGGUCAUGGUGUUUUGGAAAUGACUAUCGACUAUGCCAAAUGUCUUCUGAGCCUGUGACCUGCCCCUGCCCAGGUGGCCUAACUCUUCUCCAGGAUUCGCACGUUGCCCUCACGUGUCUGUGUAGAGUAGGGUAGAAGCGUGUAUCCAGGGCGUCUGCUGACACGCCUUGUCUGCGCACCAACGUGAACGUGCAUGUCGGCGCCUCGGAAGUCUGGCCCGAGCCCAGGAUUUUUACAGUUGUAAAAUGUUAGAGGAACUUCUACCUACAGUAAAAA